GCGCGUACCACGCUCCACGCUCCGCGGUCGGUAGGGCGAUCCUGGCCAUCGCUGGUUACCCAGCAUCGGAUUCUCGAACACCGUGUCAGUCGUGUUUGUUUCCAUCCUAUCUUGAAUCUCUUGCUCCACGUUUCAGGUGGAUAAAGACCCACGGGACAUUGUUGGUCGGGCGUCAUGCUGCUCGCUUUCAGGUCGCAUACACCCAACCCAUUUAUACCUGGUUCUUCCUCCCCCUCAAGAGCUCUGAGCCUUUCAUUCUUUCAAGUUGCAAGACUGAAGAUUCAGUCUGCCUGUUAUUGGUAAUCCAAUCUGCUUUUCCUCUCGUACCUUUCCUUUGUUCUUUGGGUUCUUGUCUCCACACUGAGAAGCUGGCUUCUCGCUGACCACUACUUUUGCCCCGGACUUUACCAAAAAGCUACCAUAUAAUGUCAUUGGCACCUUACUACUAUAGACCACUUACGCCUCCAGAGGCUGCUGGAGCUGCUGGUCAGCACGGCCACACUCGGACUGUGUCUCGCUCGUCCUACUUUGCAGUCGACACCUCGCCCGAGUCGAUAAUUACUGCUCGUAAUACAACUCCAAGUCGAUCGCCAGUGCUCCGUCAACAUGGCCCGACUUUGCUUCCCAAGAUUAGGACCCAGGACUCGUCUCUGGAGCCUCCAUUCACUCAUCGACCCUCCAUCCACCGAAGGAGCUCGUCGACAGUCAUCAAAAGCUCUAAGCAUGCUCGACCUGCCAUGUACAGGAGCGCCACUGAGCCUGUUGAGUGUACGCCGAUGAUCUCUCCAAUCUCGAAUGCGCCUCACUCGCGAUCAAACUCGCUCAAUCCGUCUCCUGGGCUGGCCAAGGCCCAGCUCAGUGUGCCCAUUAGGACCCAUUCCCGCUCGACUUCUGCAUCGAGCAUCAACAGCGAUGUCCUGACUCGUUUUGGCUAUCCUACUUACCGCCAGAUGCCUGUCUACAUGUCUCAUGGUCAACAGACUCCGUCUCCAGACCUCUUCGCCACCAACUUCAUGCCAUAUACCAACGCUCCCAUGCCCGAGCCACCAAUCAUCAAUUUGGAGGGCACAUUUGACAUGCCAAUUGAUCUUGAUACGAUUUCAAGACCCUGCUCUAUGAGCCCUCCUCCCAUGCUGCCACCUGUUUCCACAAUCAGCAUGCUCAGCUACUUGACCCAGCCAACACAGCCGAUCAACCUAGUCCGGCACCUCACCUUCCAGACCGGCCGUGGUCUAACCAACCACUUUUGGUGGGAUAUACGCAAUGUGCGACCCUGGAAAUCGUUUUCACUUGAGACUAUGUCGGCUAUCCCCGAUCUUCUGACGUUACUCAACUUCGAGCACGAUAAAGCUUGUCUACCUCUGAUUAGCGCUAACGUGAACACUGUGACACCUGGUUCCGAAGCCGAUCUCGCCAAUCUCAUUUCCAAGAUCUACUUUCCCAAGAUCAAUGCUGCUAUGCGGCUGUCCCUCGGCAACAACUCUGUCGCUCUGUACCCAGCCCCAGCCCCGACUAGCUCAGGGCUGAGUGCCAACUCUGCCAACAUUCCCACCUUUCUUGCCAACUACCCGAGCGACAAUGACCGCACGCUCUCAGGACUCCCGCGAGGCCGUGUCGUCGGCUUGGUCCGGUCUUUCGAUCGCUGGAACACAGGGAUGCGACGUGAAGGCCCUGCCCGCAAGGUUGAGUACCUGCGCACUUUGGCGCAUCUGCAGAAGUGCAUGCGGGACCACAGCUGUCGUUACGGCUUCAUCAUCACAGAGAUAGAACUCGUCUGUGUCCGCGCCGGAUGCGACGACCGGGGCCACCCGUACUUCGGCUAUCUUGAAGUCGCGGAAGCGGUGGAGACCAAAACCUUUGCUCGCAAUGGGAACGAGGCAGAUGGAGAGGUGAACAUGACUGUCACCCUGGCUCUGUAUUAUCUGCUUAUGCUCGCCAAAGCGACGCCUUUGCCCGGCCAGCCGGGUAGCUUCAUGGACGUGGGUGGUCCCGGAACACUCACCCGACAAAGAGUCUGGGAUGGUGGGAACGGCGGGAGUGUUCUUACGGUCGACGAAGACGGCGAUGUUGAGGAGUUGGGAAAAGACGGCAAGGACAAGUGGAUUCCUGAACCGCAGAUGGGGGAGAAAAGGGAGGCCAGAACGGUCCGAGGGUGGGUGUGGCCUAGCGACCCAUGGCACAAGAGGGAAGGGGAGCGUGGUGAACGUGGGAGCGGAAGAGGGGGAAAGAGAGGAUAAUAUUGUUCUCUGCGUAUUCCUGGAGAGAAUAAACUAUGGACAUGGUGAUGAACAAUAUGCAGGAUCCUGGAUUUGAGCAUGGGUUUACAAGCGAUGCCAUCCAGGUGAUGAGCUCAACGCACAAGGUUGUCGAGACUUAGAACUCGAAAUGGUGGUAUAGCAGAUUUGGUAAUUAAAUUAAAUUCGUCAAAAAUGCC